AGAGGGACUCGAAAAGGUUUUCACUCAUUUCACUUGCACAAUCCCACACUGACGCCUCAAACUGAAUGUGUCAGUGAGAUGACGGGUGAGAGAGAGUGCAGAAGAGCAGUGUGUGUGUGUGAGAGAGAAAGAGAGUCAGAUGAGUUCCACUCCACCCACAUCUAUCCGUGUCCAAUGUGAGGGGGAGGUGAAACAGUUGAGGGCUUACUGCACUAUUAACUGGCAUUUUUUAGUUGCCUCAGUCUGGAGAAGAGACUAGUCAAGGCUGCUCAUCAUCAGAAUUCCACCCAGUUGGAGCAACAAUGACUUCCUAUGUAAAACUCCGGAAGGAGAAGAUUGCUAUGGUGGACUAUGACACCCAAAUCAAAGAGGUGCGUUGCCAGCUUGUAGACCAGCUGAAGGUGUUGGACCUGCAACUUGAGCAGAAGAGCCAGCAGUUGCAGGACCUGACAGACUACCUGCGACGACGGGGUGAGAUUGAAAGCGAGUACUCCCGCUCCCUUGACAAACUCGCUGAAAGGUUCUCUUCCAGGAUCAAGAGGAAGGAGCCCAGUAGUCACUCUGUGGCCCAGGUCUGGUUAGCUCUGCUGUCCCAGACCCGUGAAGAAAGUAGGGACCACAAUAGAUUUAGUGAGGGCUGCAACAACGUCCUCAUCCAGCCCCUCACACACUGCCUGGAGUACACACAACGCCUUGCCAAGAAGAGUAAAGACAUCUGUAUUCAGCUACAAGAUGGACUACUCAAGGUUACCACAGAGCUGCAGACCGCAUGGCGGACAUACUACCAGUACCACUCAGACUAUGUGAGUGCAGAGGGGAAGCUGAAGGAGGCAGAGAAACAGGAGGAAAAGCAGAAGCAGAGUGCUGCUAAAAAACUGGAGAGGUUGAUAGAAAAAAGACAAAGUAAAGUCCAAGACAUCUACCUGAAGUGCAGCAAAGCCCGAAACGAUUACCUCCUAAACUUGGCUGCAGCCAAUGCCUCCAUGGAGAAGUACUACCUCCAAGACAUCUCUACUCUCAUAGAUUGUGCAGAUGUAGGGUACCACCUCUCUUUGGGCCGGGUGAUGCAGGCCUACCUGUCCACUCGGUGGCAAACCCAGCAGAACCUGAGCACAGGGCUGCAGCAGCUUCAAGGCACCGUGUCUGGACUGGACCAGAGCCAGGACAGAGAUACCCUCCUGAAGGAUCACUAUAACACCUUCUGUAUGCCCCUUCACUUCCCCUAUCAGCCCCACGAUGGAGACCAGGUCUCCGAGGUCAGUGCAGAGUGUGAAGUAAGAUGUGAUCUGGACACCAGAUUCAAACAGAUACAAACCCGACUGAAAGCUGUCUCCCAGGAAAUGGAGGAGGCUAGUAAGAGCAUGUCAGCAUCCCAGUCUUCCCUGCUGGAGAGUAUCGGUGAUGAUGACCUGGAACCCGGCAACAGUUUGUCUCAGGACGGCAGCACUGAGAACCUGGCAGUCAAGCCCAGUGUGGCCCGCCGCAGGUCCAACGUGCAGGAAAUAGAAAACCUCUACUUUACUAGAGUGAAAGAAUACCUUGUAGGGAGCUCCCUUGUAUCUAAACUGCAAGCCAAACAUGACCUACUUAAAGUGGCUAUGGAAAAAGCUGAAGCAUCAAAUGGAGAUCAGCCUAGAUACAAUGGAAAGUAUAUGCGUAUCAAGAAGAAUCCCUCAAGUGCCAAUUUUAUGCACAACCACAAACUUUUCAAUGGAGACAUGCUGUCCUUCAUACAGGCAUCGGGGCAACAGAUUCCAAUUGUUGUGCAAAGCUGCAUUUGCUUUAUCAACCUCAAUGGUCUCCACCAUGAAGGGAUUUUUAGAGUGCCGGGGUCUCAGAUGGAGGUCAACAACCUGAGGGAUGCGUUUGAACGAGGAGAGGACCCACUGGCUGAGCGGAGAUACGACCUGGACUCUGUUGCUGGAGUGCUGAAGCUGUACUUCAGAAGUCUGGAGAAUCCCCUCUUCCCCAUCAACAGCACCAGUCAACUCCUGGAGCAUAACCAAAUAAAGAACGAGGCGGAGAAAGCCGCUCAGCUCAAAAUGGUCAUCUCUUCCUACCCUGAGCCCGUCAUCGUUGUCAUGAGAUACCUCUUUGCAUUUCUUCAUCAUGUGUCUCAGUACAGUGACGAGAACAUGAUGCAGCCUUACAACCUGGCUGUGUGUUUUGGCCCCAGCCUAGUAAGGGGGUCUCAGGAUGACGAUGUCGUCACCCUGCAGCCUCAGAUCAACGACCUGGUGAAGAACAUCAUCCUCCAGCACGAAAGCAUCUUCCCCAGCCAGAGCACAGUACAAGGACCGGUGUAUGAGAAAUGCAUGACACUGGACCAGGAUGACUGUGAGCCUAUCCCUGAAGAAGGGGAUGCAGAAGCAGAGUACACCCUUGGUAAAGAUGAGUUUGAAACCGGAUCCUCAGCGUUUAACAGCACCAGUUCCUGUGCAGUGGCAACACAGAGAAAAGCAGAACGUCCUAGAGCCAAUAGCAGCGGUUCCAUUGACCAACGCAGGUUGACAGCUGGACCAGCAGGGGGAGGCAUCUCUUCGGGUGGAAAGUUUUUGCUGCAGAUUCCUGUAGGGCCACAGUGCAAGCCAAGGCGGGUCCCCUCUCCUAGCAAUGUGUGCAGAAUAUCGCAUCACUCAUCUUCUGAGGAUCUUGGUGUUAACAUAGACAAGGAGGUUUGUCGCCAGAUGGACUCGGUCUUCAAGGAGCUCCUCAUGCGGCAAACUGUGCAGGAUCCCUCCUCCACCGCCUCCUCUCCCUCUGCCCAAGUUGCCCAAAAGAAAGGGAGGCAGAAUGUACGCAGGGGGAGAGGAGCAGGUCUCUUCAAAGCAGCAGAUCCACUGGACUGAGAGGACUGGCAUCAGAUGACCUAAAAAGAGAGAGAUGAUACUAAUGAAAACUGAGGUGUAGGGUGACGUGCUCUGACAGUAGCUUUCAGCACAUCUAUUUCUAGAGAACUGAGAUCACUGACCCAGUCACUUCUCUGGAGGUCCCCAUGAUUGGUCCGGGCUGCUUUCCACAGGGUGGCACUCUACUCAGAAGCUUUUGUUCAUGUUUUAGCAGAACCCUGCCGUUACUGCAGACCUUCACUGCAAUGUGGAAACUGUGGAUUACUUGAAAUGCACAGAUGUGUUUGUGUACAGCUGAAUCUGGUUAUGCACAUAAUGACUUUAUCAGUGUCUGUGUUGAUAUUCAACGGUUUCCAGUUUAAGCCAAAUUUCUCAGUGAUUUUUAGUCAGUACAUGCAUCAUUAUUCAUCAAAUGCCUGUUAACAAAAUGAAAUGGAGUCACAUGGUUGAUAAGAAAACUGUGAAUACUGUAGCUGCAAGGAAAUUGUAUAUAUUCAUUAUUUGUAACUUGGUUACACAUGAUUUGUCUGUAAAUUUCUGCUAUAUGCCAAAUAAAUAUUUUAUCUAUUCUAA